UGCUCAUCUCUGGGAAGAUGACGGCGUCUUCCGAGCCGUGCAUGGCGCCUCCUCGCUACGGCAGGAGUCGCGCUGCCGGCCGGUGGCGCCUCCUGGGCGCCUGGCUGCUGGCGGUGGGAUCCCUGCUGGCUGCCUCCUCUGAUGCCUGUGUGCUGCCACCACCAUUUGAAGCUAUGGAUCCUGUAAAUCCUAAACCCUAUUAUAAGAUUGGGGAAAAAGUAGAGUAUAGAUGUAAAAAAGGAUACUCCCGUUUGCCUUUUUUUCUCAUGGUUUCUACUUGUGAGAAGAAUCACUCAUGGGUACCUAUUACAGAUGAUGGUUGUGUAAAAAUAAAAUGUACAUAUCUAAACCCUCCUCCAAAGGGCAAGAUAGAAUACAUAAAUGGGACUCACGAAUGGGGCGAUCACGUGCACUUUACUUGUGUUGAUGGUUUUCACGUAGUUGGUAAUGAAAGGCUAUCUUGUGACCUUAAAGGAGAUUAUGUGCAAUGGAGUGGCAGCAUUCCCAAAUGUGAAAAGGUUUUGUGUGACCCACCUCCAAAAAUAAGAAAUGGGAAGUACACCUUUAGUGACGUACAAGUAUUUGAGUAUUUUGAAGCCGUCACCUACAGCUGUGAUGAUGUCCCGGGACCAGAUAAACUUUCGCUUGUUGGCAAUGAAGUGCUUUACUGUGCUGGCCACAAAGUGUGGAGCAGUGCGGUUCCGGAGUGUAAAGUGGUCAAAUGUCCACUUCCGGUAGUUAAAAAUGGAAGGCAGAUAGCAGGACUUGGAACAGCAUUUUUCUACCAAGCCACAGUUAAGUUUGAGUGCAUCCCUGGUUAUUACCUUAAUGGCAGCGACACAACUGUUUGUAACAGUGAAAGUGCUUGGGACCCUCCUCUCCCAAAAUGUCUUAAAGGUCCUAAGCCUACUCAUCCCACCAAGCCUCCAGUUUAUAAUUAUCCAGGAUAUCCCAACCCCCGGGAAGGACUAUUUGACCAAGAAUUAAAUAUAUGGAUCAUUAUUCUGCUUAUUCUUAUUGCAGUUGUCGGGUUGGCUGUGCUAGUUCUUAUUGUGCGCAGACUCUUUGAACACCACAAGAAAAGGGACACACAGAUCUGGGCUCACUACACCACUUUUCAGAAAAGCUCAACUAUUCCAGCAGCGUAAACUGCCUGCUUUCCGCCAACCUGCGCUUCAGUUCGCCCUUCGGUUGUUAAAGCUUCGGGUCUUCUCUCUUCUCUUUCUCUUCUCAGCUGUGCGGGUCCAAUGCUCACAUUUUACUGCAGUGUCAAUGCAGCACCUCCUGUGCUGCCUCAGGUGCAGCCCAUGUGUUUGCGCAUGAACUCAGUGCCUCUGCCGAAGGGCAGGCCUACCAGUGUCCCCAGUGGCCUUCAGGAGGGGAAGUCAUUUGUUUUACAAAAUGUGGCACAUUCAGACAAACAUACAGCAGUAGCAAUGAAAUUAAUUUCCUUUGUAAAGAAAGUGAUGUUGACAUCUUUUGAAUGCUAACCCUUAGGACACUUCCUUGCAGCAACUCUAAAAAGUGUUUUACAUAUCGUCCUCAAAGCCUUUACAGACGCAUGUAUACUCCUUUGGCACCUGUCACUGAAAACAAGAAUGUAGAAAACUGGGAACAUGGACAAGUUUUAUCACCUUAACUAGCACUGUCAUUGGAAAAUUAUCUACACUUAAUAAGGUUGAAGUUUAGAUAAUUUUCUUCUACUUAUUGGUAACUUCUUCGGUAAUUUAAAGAAGCUAGAAAGUGUAUGUAUGACAUGCACUUCUACUUUUUGGUGACAUCGCUGAGCUACCAGAGCCAGGUGCACACGUGUAAAAAGCUGGGGGGACGCUACUGCACGUAGCAAGCGCAGCAGCGUGAGGUACCAGGCGAACUCUGCGCCCUUAUGGUUUCCCUAGAGAGUGCUGUGUGUGGAGUAAUGCUAAGUUCUGGCUGCAGGCGGCUUGCUUUCUCUCCUUGACAGGCCUUCCCUUAAACUGGCUGGGGGUAUAGCUCAGCGGUACAAGCGCCUGCCUGGCAAGCACAAGGUCCCAAGUUUGAUUCCCUGUACCAAAAAAAAAAAAAAAAAAAGGCAUUGUAGCCAAUAAAUUCAUCAGGUAACUCGAGCGACGUCAAACUGUAGUCCAUGUGCAGUGAGAGCUUCCUGUCUGCACAUCUCCUCUCCUCUCCUGAGAGGCAGAGAACAAGCCACGAAUUUCAGAGAAGGGAGCUUCAUCUGUUUGCCCCCCUACCCUGGCUCUCAAGCCAGCACAGCAAGUGACCCUUCCUUUGGAACCUGUGGUUGGAUACUUGGGGAAGUAACCUUUGGGUUAGAAUUCUGAGUUAGAAUUAAAGUGCGUGUUCAUUUUCACAUCUCUCUCCAGAACGUAGCAAUUGUUCACCUAAUUUUUUAAACCUAAUGAACUGUUUUCAACUUUAUGAUUAAAUAAAUUUAAAUUUAUACUAGUUUCCGCUUCAUAUUUAGUGUUUUCAAUUUAAAUUUAUAUUGGAGAUUUUUGUGUAAAUAUUGUUUGUCAAGUAAUUUGUAAAACUUAAACUUGUACAUUUGGAGAUGCUUCAUUUGUGUGGAUGUGUCUGUGCGACUAGCAUGUUUAUCACAAGUCAGAGUCUGUUUCCAAGAGAGCCCUCUCUCAACAUGCCACUCCUGUUCCUCACAGCCUGGUGUCCCCAGGUAUCCCCUACCGUCUGCCUGGCAGCCUCUGUGUUCAGUGACCCCUGACCUGCAGGGUGGAGUCCAAGAUGCCCGCAUGAUCUUGACCUUCUUCAGUGAAAUCCUUUCUUCCCAAGCCUUGCUUUCUGCUGCAUCUCUUCAGAUAGCCUACUCUUGGUCAAGCCGGACCAUCUGUCCCUAUUUUCUGCUAUACUCCCAGUCUCUGUUGCUUGAAGUAUCUUUUCUCUUCUCUAGAGUUGUGUGUCUUCCAAAGAUCAUCUCAGAUAGGAGCCACUGCCUGCAGCUUUGCCUGGUUUCUCUCCAGCGUGUCUGACUAUUACCUAAUUGCAAGUUAGCUACGUUAGAGUGUCUAACAAAACAUGCAUCUUCUGUGUCUGUUAAAUAUGUACAGUGCUAAAGAAAAACCAAAUCCCAGCAAUUAAAGCAUACAGUUUGAUCUGUGUAACUAAUAGGAUGUGCGUUUAUUCACACAAAAAAUCAUUCUGGCUGUCUUUGCAGAUUAGAGUCCGACUGCUGAGUGUCUCAGAUGAGGCCUUCAUUCCUCGGGCUGUACACUGGAAUCACCUGGGGAGUUUCACCGACACCUGGGUCCCCAGCCCACGGGUUCAUAGCUAAUUGAUCUGGGAUGUGGCCCAGGCACUGGGCUUUCUGUGUGUCCCAAGUGAUUCCACCGAUACAGCUGAGGUUUAGGCUCUCUACAUUAGGGAUUCUCAGGCAUGACAGUCAAUUUCUCCAAAUAAACUUAUAUUUGGAGAAAGUAAAGGUUUAUACUCCCUGCCACCAAAAAAAAAAAAAAAAAAAAAAAAAAA